AUGUCAGGAAAGGUCAAUCUCCAUGUUCGCGGCUUCCCGCGCUUCCUCAGUUUUGGCGGCUUCACGGACCUGACAGAGGGCAAUCAGGCCGACUUUGCGUCUGCCCGCGCUUCUUCGGUCUUUCGAUACGCUGGCAUCGACGGUGCCGGCGACGGCGGCCAAUAUCUGACUGAUGAUCCAGCCACCACUCGAACCAUCGGUCUCGCACGGGCGGUGGAGAAGGAACUCGGCAGCGGCAACCCUGUUGUGCCAGUGAUGGUGUCUUAUACUUGCAACCUCACCCUCGGUGACGUGGGUGGAAUGCUUCAAAAUCCCGACAGGCUGGCGCAUAGCUUCGCGAACCUCAUCCUAUCGCUCAACCUGGCCACCAAGGCGGCAGAUGAGGACCAUCCCAUGCCGGCUGCAUACAUCGUCAACCCGGACUUCCUCGGCAGCUGCCAGCAGCAAGCCUUGGCGCCGGACUACACGAUGCCUGUCCGCCACCCGCUGACCCAAGCACUGCGUCACUGGCGUAUCAGUGCUUCGCUGCCGGAUAGCAUCACAGAUACUCUCCGAGGCUAUGUGCACGCGCUGAACUGGCUGGUGCGUACAGUCGAGCCGACAGUCAGCUUCGGCUGGUCGGUUAGUAUCUGGGGCGGCGGCAGCUCGAGCUGGGUUCAAUCGACCGAUGAUGAACCCAGAGAGUUGGCUUCAAAAACAAGCAGCUACAUCAAGUCCUUGGGGGUGUGUGACGGCGAUGACCGCCCAGACUUUUUCGCCGUUGACCGGUACGAAGCCGAUGACUUGACCAUGCGCAGCUAUAUGAAUGGCUACUGCUACGGCCCUCGGGAGUGGCGUCGCUUCUUUGACUUCUGCGGUGCCCUUGGCGAGCAACUGGAAGCGCCCAUCAUGCUGUGGCAGAUUCCAGCGAGCCACAUACCGCUGUCAAAUGACAAUGUCAACGACGAGUUUGAAUCGCAGCAUUGGGGCACGGGCGGCAGCUAUAUUCUGGGUGACGCUGGGGUCAAGUCGGACUAUCACAACAUUAACCCGAAAAUCUUGGCCCUGAAGCUCGACAGAGCUCUCAUGCCAGCGACCAAUAGUGUGGAAGAGGUCUUUAAGCGCGCCGAGCCGUUUGAUCUUUCGAACCCGGCAUACAAAGAUCUUCCUCUCCGCGGCAUCUUUGCUAUGCUGCUCGGCGGAGGCGCCACAACCGGCAUCGUGUCGAGCAUUGGUAAUCCUGAGCCAUGGGUGCGGGACAAGUUGAAGGAAUACAUGCAGGACCCGGUUCAACUCCCCAGUUCAGAAUGA